CUGAUACAAGAACAAACACAUAAGCCACAACGCACAGCUUCCCAGAUCAGCUACGUACAGAUAGACAAGUCGGUGGGUUUAGUUUUCAAGGGCAUCCAGCGACAUACAUGGCGUCGGCUCCAGCUCGAGCUACUGCGGUGGUGGCUCUCGUGCUCGCGUGCUGUGGGCUGGCCAUGGCCGCGGACAACGCGCCGGUAUGGCUGAGGGCGCAUGCGACGUUCUACGGCGGCGCCGAUGCCUCUGACACCAUGGGUGGGGCGUGUGGUUACGGCAACCUAUACUCGGCGGGCUACAGCACGCGGACGGCGGCGCUGAGCCAGGCGCUCUUCAACGACGGUGCGGCGUGUGGUCAGUGCUACAAGAUUGCUUGUGACCGCAAGCUUGCGGAUCCGAUGUUCUGCAAACCCGGCAUCUCGGUGACAAUCACGGCCACGAACCUUUGCCCGCCUAACUAUGCACUCCCGAGCGACAAUGGAGGAUGGUGCAAUCCUCCGAGGCCGCACUUCGACAUGGCGCAGCCGGCCUGGGAGAAGAUUGGUGUGUACAAGGGUGGCAUCAUCCCUGUCAUGUACCAGAGGGUUCCAUGCGUGAAGAAAGGUGGGGUGAGGUUCAAGAUCGCUGGUCAUGAUUACUUCAACCUAGUUAACGUAUUCAACGUGGCAGCUGCCGGAUCAAUCAAAUCGAUGGAUGUCAAGACCUCUAAUUCAGACCUAUGGGCGCCAAUGGGUCGUAACUGGGGCGCGAACUGGCAAUCUCUAGCGAAUCUUACAGGGAAGAUGCUCUCAUUCAGAUUGACCAACACAGAUGGGCAGACGCUUGUGUUCAACAAUAUUGUUCCAGCUGGAUGGACGUUUGGGCAAACAUUUGCGAGCAAAUUGCAGUUUUAACUAAUUACUGUCCAUACAACGAUUUGGGAUGUAAUUGGUUUGUGAGCAUACCAUCAUACACCGGAGGGAUGGUUGGAAUUUCUUUAUUUAUGGUGUGGUGCUUAAAAAUAUUAGUUGUAAGCGCUACUUGUGUACAUAUAUUGAUUGAUUGGUCACCCUCAUGUAGCUCCAAAUUCCUUGUACGUGUUUAACUUAUUGUACAUAUUUGUAUUUUUAUUUAUUUGCAUGGUGUAUAUAAAAGAUGAUUGGUUCUACCGAGUUACCUUGAAUGUUUAUUCUCUCGCUUUAGUUGUUCAUCAGAUGACUCAGAAGUAACUAUUCCAAGUCAAUAAUAAUAACCCACUAGUAUAUAUCAUGGCUUUAGAAGCCAUUCUACAAUACAACCCUCUGGCGGAUCCCAUGCCUACAUAUAUUUUGGUGUGAGAAAUUCUCAUCAAACAAACAAACUCCCUUUCAACUCAGAAUUGGUGCUGGUUAUCAUGAAAAAUCCACUUCAGAUAUAAUCAUGUAAAAGCCUACCAAACACGAAAUGCAAGAAGAAAAGAAAAACUAAAAGAGUGCAACAGUUGAUGGGAUAAUACAAGAUAAACCUUGAGAAUAUCAGGAUUAAACUAAAUGAAAGGAUGAGUAGAGAAUGCACUCACCAGCAACAUGUAGGUAUAUAUGUGGAAACUCAUGGAAGAAUUUUUGGUU